CAUUAAAGUUAAAGUUUAACGUAGAAUACAGAAUAAAUCUACUUUGUAGUUUUGUCAGUGUUUGAAUUGCAGUAGCACUGGUUGAUCAGGAAGGUCCAGUUCGCUCCGGAGACACCAGGUCCUCAGCCGAUGGUGGAGACGAGCCGCAGCUUCCUGAUGUCGGACAGAUCUCUGCACCUGGAGGCCUCUCUGGAUAAAGAGCUGUAUUAUCAUGGAGAGCCGAUCAGCGUGAAUGUGCAGGUGACCAACAGCUCGUCUAAGACGGUGAAGAGGGUGAAGAUCUCAGUGCGUCAGUUUGCAGAUAUCUGUCUGUUCUCCACGGCUCAGUAUAAAUGUGCGGUGGCUCAGGUUGAAGCAGAACACCAGGUGUGUCCCAGCUCCACCUCCUGUCAGGUGUACACUCUGACCCCGAGUCUAGGCACCAACAGGGAGAAGAGAGGCCUCGCUUUGGACGGAAAGUUAAAGUACGAAGACACCAACCUGGCCUCCAGCACCAUAGUCAAAGAAGGAGCCAACAAAGAGGCGAUGGGCAUCCUGGUGUCUUACAGAGUCAAAGUCAAACUGGUGGUGUCUCUGGGAGGGGCGCUGUCAGACACGAGGCAGAUAGGCAAGCUGACCAGAGAGCAGUUUGCCCUCGCCAUGUAUCUCAUCCAGCAGAAAGUCAGCAACCCUUUCUGCUGACAUGUUUCCCCCCUCAGAGAGAGGCACACCUGUACCACAUCUGUUCGUCCACCUCCUUGAUGGACAUGCGGCCACGGAAGAUAGCAGCCACUGUCAGGUAGCGGCCGUGACGUGGGUCGCAGGCAGCCAUCAUGUUCUCUCCGUCAAACAUCUGCCGGGUGAGCUCUGGUCCAGUGAGGGCGCUGUACUGCGGGCUGACUCGGCUUGUGAGGGGAGCGAAGCCUGGAAUGAAAAAAUGCAUACGAGGGAAUGGCACCAUGUUUACAGCCAGCGGGAGGGUUAUGUUUGUGUUAAAUACUGACGGAUAAUUACUACACAAAGUUUGUUUUUUAAUGUCGACAUUUACG